AUGAAGAGAAAGGCGGACGGUCCCGCUGGAGGCACGAAGCCAGCCAAGAAGCGGUCCAAGAAUGCGCUUUCCGACGAAGAAGCCAGAGCGCGAUUCCGAAAAGGUCUCUUCGACAAGGCAGUCCUCGACAAGUACACGGCGCAGUAUGCCUCGUCGACGCCCUACAAACACUGCGUGAUCUCAGGGCUCGUUGACGACGACCUGCUGCGCAAUGUCCGCUCCGAGAUCAAGGCCAAUGUUCACUUCACUCCCAAGGAGACCGACAUCUACAAGAUCCACCAGAGCGGCGACCUCGCCAACCUAGACGGCCUCGACGACGAGGCCUUGGCGAAGCUUCCGUCGCUCCUCGCCCUGCGCGACGCCCUCUAUUCGCAGACCUUCCGCGACUACGUCUCCCACAUCACCGGCUGCGGCCCCUUGAGUGGGCGCAAGACCGACAUGGCCAUCAACGUCUACACCCCGGGCUGCUAUCUCUUGUGCCACGACGACGUCAUCGGCUCCCGCAAGGUCAGCUACAUUCUGUACCUGACCGACCCGGAUACGCCUUGGCAACCCGAGUGGGGUGGCGCCCUGCGACUGUACCCCGUGGUGGAUCGCGAGGGUGAAGACGGCGAGGUGGCAAAGACGCCGCUGCCAGAUGCCAUCAAGGUCAUCCCCCCAGCAUGGAACCAGCUCUCCUUCUUCGCUGUCCAGCCAGGAGAGUCAUUUCACGACGUCGAAGAGGUGUACCAUGCCCCGUCCAAGGAAGAGCUGGAGAAGAACGGGGGCCGCAUUCGCAUGGCCAUCAGCGGCUGGUUCCAUAUCCCUCAGGUCGGCGAAGAUGGCUAUGUCGAGGGAGCCGAGGAGAAGGCCGCCCAGAAGAGUGGCUUGAUGCAACUCCAAGGCAACCCGGACCAGCACGAUCGCCCCCAGGCCAAGCCCGUCCGUGUCGAGAGCCAAGACAGGAAAAACGAGGACAGUGACGACUUCCCUCUUGACGAGGCCGACCUCGAGUUCUUGCUGAAAUAUAUCGCGCCCACGUACCUGACGCCAGACACGAUCGACCGCAUCGCCGACCAUUUUGAGGAGGAAUUCAGCAUCACUUUGCCAGACAUACUUCACCCCAAGUUCGCUGAGAAGUUGCGCAGCUACGUGGAAUCCGAAGAGGCCAAGGCGCUUCCAGAGAACAGCGACGAGAUCGAGAAGGGCGCAUGGAAGGUGGCCCGGCCGCCCCAUAAACACCGAUACCUCUACCUGCAACUGGGUGACGAGAAGCUGGAAGCCUCGCCCCUGAAAGAGCUGCUCGAAGUCCUGCUGCCAUCCAGGCAAUUCCGUCUCUGGCUUCAGAUGGCCACGCGCUCCACCGUGGAGAGCCACGACCUGGUUGCCCGGCGCUUCCGCCGCGGCAAGGACUACACGCUCGCUACCGGGCACGACGGCAAGCCAAGACUUGAGGUGAACAUCGGCCUCACCCCCACGGAUGGCUGGGGUGACGCUGAGGACGACGAUGACGACGACGCCAGCUCAGAAGCGUCGUCCGACGCCGAAGCCAGCCACAAGAGCAAGAACGGCAAGAAGGGCGCGGCCAACGGCGAGGGCAAGGGCAAGGGAAAGGGCAAGGCUGAUGCCGCAGAUGCCAAGUCCAAGGGCAAAGGCAAGGCCGUUGAUAAGGACGUGGAGCCGGACAGGGACGAGGACGAGGACGAGGUCGGCGGCCACGAGGUGUACAUGGCCGGCGACGAGGACGGCGACGAGGACGCGGCCAUCUACAAGAGCAGCGCGGAUGACGACAACAUCCUCUUCUUCCAGGCGGCGGCCUGGAAUAAGAUGACCAUCGUGCUCCGCGACAGCGGGACGCUGCGCUUCGUCAAGUACGUGAGCGCCAGCGCCAAGGGCGACCGCUGGGACAUCAGCGGCACGUUCGAGAUCGAGGAGCAGGACAACGAGCCGGACGCCGAGGGGAACGGUGAGGCCUCUGGGGCUGGAGGAGAGUUGGACGAGUCCGAGGAGGAGUUCCAGGGUUUCUCGAGCAGUGAGGACAGUGAUUCCGAUUAG